CUCCGCUUUUCUUCCCUCACACCACACAAACUAAUAUUCAUACAUCGCCCCAUUUUCGUUAUUAUCGCUGUUUCUUUCUUCCUAUCUCUAUUUUCUCAAGUGGGUCUGUCAGAUUUCUUUUUCCUGUACUAGCUUUUCAUAUUCUCCUUACAACACUACGUAUUUUGAGGGUUUAGGGAAUCAUAUUCCGCUCUUUUCAUUAGCUCUUACUUUCCAAGUAUUCUCUUUGCUUUUCUUCAAAUCCGCGCAUGUUUUUUUUUUUUUCCCUGUUUGUUAUGCUUCAUUUGAUAAGAUUUGAUUCCCUUUUGUUUUCUUUUCAUAAAGUUCAGUUCCGGAAUUCUUUGCAGUUUGCAUAAUCUAAACACUAGAGUUUUCGAAAUGCCUUGUUUAAAUUUCACUGACGGUAUGAACGAAACCGGCAGAACAGUUUCUCUUUCUAAGAAAGUCAGCGGCUGUGUGUAAGGUUGCAUUGAUCGGCGUCUGAAACUCCCUUUUGUUCUUAACUGGUCGUAAGCGUCAUGCUCGAUGGGUUUGAAAAAGAAAAUUGAAGUUUCCAAGGUUGACUUUCGUAUCCCAAGGCUUUGAAACUACCAAAACCGGCAAGAAUAUGUGGCUGUUAGAUCCGAGUUUUGAUUUUUAAUUUUCAAUGAUUUUUUUGGUUCCAGAAAUCUGGCACUCUGAUGUUUUGCCUUCUUGGACUGCAACUCCCGGAAUCAGCCAGCUCUUCUCUCACACAUCUUUCCUUCUUUCUUGUCAACUUACUGUCGAGCAUUAAAUCUGUGGGAGAUGUCUGUCAGAGUACAGAUUAAUAUCUACAUGUAGUAGUUUGGUUAUUAAGUUCGAGGAUUUAUGAUGUGCAGGUUGAAUUGGAUUACAGUAAUUAAGAUCCAACAUGUUCCGUCUCAGAAGGCAAACCCAGAAUCAGGCGGAGCGUGAUCCAUCAUACAAAGAUGGAAAGGUGGCUGAACUGAGGGCUGCUCUGGGGCCGUUAUCUGGGCGAAGUCUAAAGUAUUGUACGGACGCAUGUCUGAGGAGAUAUUUGGAAGCAAGGAAUUGGAGCGUCGACAAAGCCAAGAAAAUGCUGGAAGAAACAGUCCAAUGGAGAUCCACUUAUAAGCCUGAGGAAAUCCGUUGGCCUGAAGUGGCACAUGAGGGUGAGACAGGAAAAGUGUCGAGAGCAAAUUUCCAUGAUCGUUUCGGAAGAACUGUGCUUAUAAUGAGACCAGGAAUGCAGAACACGGCAUGUCCAGAAGAUAAUAUCAGGCAUUUAGUGUACCUCAUGGAAAAUGCUAUCAUCAAUCUUCCCGAAGGUCAAGAGCAGAUGUCAUGGCUGAUAGACUUCACUGGAUUUUCACUCAACACCACUGUUUCUGUCAAAACAGCUCGUGACAUUAUUUACAUCUUGCAAAACCACUAUCCUGAAAGGCUUGGUAUUGCUUUUCUGUAUAGCCCACCAAGAAUAUUUCAGGCUUUCUGGAAGGCUGUGAGAUACUUCUUGGAUCCCAGGACAUUCCUGAAGGUGAAGUUCGUUUAUCCUAAAGAGAAGGAGAGUGAAGAGCUGAUGAAAUCACUGUUUGACAUGGAAAAUCUUCCCAAUGAAUUUGGAGGAAAAGCAACAUUGAAGUAUGACCAUGAAGAAUUUUCCAGGAUGAUGAUAGAUGAUGAUGUGAAAACUGCUAAAUUCUGGGGAGUCGAUGACAAACCAUUCGACACAAAAGAAUGAGGCGGUACUAGAACCAGUGAAAAUUUGAGCAAGCACCGUGAUCAUUAAUAAUGUGAUAAAGAAAGAAGCAUGAUUUUGUUUCUUUCAAUUGCUAACUGGAAACCAAGCAAUCUGUCACUGUUUUCUGUAUUAUCCUCAGCGACUCUCACUCCCCCCUACUUGAUAUGUCCUGUCGAAAUCUCCCUCUUGUUAUUCUAAUUAAUGAACUUGUGCCCACUUCGUAUCUUACAAGGGUACGACACUGUUAUCAUAAUUAAUAUCUUUAUUUUUAUA